UUUCGUGCCGUUGAGUUGUUGUCGACGGAAAGUCACAAGUCGUAAUUGGAGCACGCGACGCCCACCCAAGAAAAUUGGCUUAAAGACAGUUCAAAUACGUUUAAACACACAAAGGGCUGCAAGUAGUCUGCCAAAAUUUAAAGCUAACUUUUAGCAAGUGCAAGUUAAAAUUGAAAAUACAAGUGCAGCGUUUGGAAGCUUAUCAAAAAAAAAGUUGCAACUACAACAAACCACUGCCAAAGAAAAGACUGAACCCUGGACCAAAUAUAACGAGGAAUUUUUUCAACACCCAUAGCUGGAUAUGUGCUAAACGUUUAAAAGCAUCCAAGCCCUAGCAAUGUUUCUGCCUGUGAAAUCAAAUCACUCCGCCGAGGCAAGUGGCAACAAUGAGGAUGUUACCACCACUAGCAAUAAUUCCACACAAACACCCAGCGAUCUAAGCCCACCGGGUCCCAAUGAGGAGGUGCUGCCCCAAGCGCAUCACCAGAAUCCGGGACAUUGCAUUGCCUCAUUCGCUGCCAUUAAUCAAAUGCGUACGAAUGCGCAGCUCUGCGAUGUGCGCCUGGAGGUCGGUGGCGACACCAUUAAUGCGCAUCGCGUGGUGCUGGCAUCCGUUUCGCCCUAUUUCUAUGCCAUGUUCAACGAUGACAUGCUGGAGCGCACGCAGGGUUUGGUGCGUCUGCAUGAUGUGGACAGCGCUGCGCUGCGCCAGCUCAUUGACUACACCUAUACGGGUGAGAUUACUAUAACGGAGCAGAAUGUGCAGGUGCUGCUGCCUGCGUCGGGACUGCUGCAAAUGCAUUCGGUGCGUGAUGCCUGCUGCAAGUUCUUGCUGCGUCAGCUGCAUCCCACCAACUGCCUGGGCAUACGCAGCUUUGCGGAUGCGCAUUCCUGCAAGGAGCUGCAUACGCGUAGCCACAAAUAUGCGCUGCAGAAUUUCCAGCAAGUUGUAGGCACCGAGGAGUUUCUGCUGCUGCCGUUCGAGGAGGUUAAGGAGCUGAUUUCCAAUACACAGCUUAACAUAAGCUCCGAGGAGCGCGUGUUCUCGGGCGUUAUAAGCUGGGUUAAGCAUGAUCUUGCCGUGCGCCGCCAGCAUACAGCGGAGCUGAUGUCACAUGUGCGCUUGCCGCUGGUUAAUCGCGAUUUUCUAAUGAGCUGCGUUGAGGCGGAAACGCUUAUGCGCGACGACAGCGAGUGCAAGGAGCUGCUGCUGGAGGCCAUGAAGUAUCAUUUGCUGCCGGAGCAGCGCAGUCUUAUGGGCAGUCAGCGCACACAGGAGCGGCGUCCCGAGGGCAUGAAGCCCUACAUCUUUGCCGUGGGCGGUGGCAGUCUCUUUGCCAUACACAACGAGUGCGAGGUGUACAAUCCACGUUGCAACAGCUGGUCACCAGUGGCGCCCAUGCUCUGGCGUCGCUCACGCUCUGGUGUAACCGCUUUACACAAGCAGCUGUAUGUAGUGGGUGGCUAUGAUGGCGUCAGCGAUCUGGCCACAGCUGAGAGCUAUAAUCCCUUGACUAACAAAUGGAGCAACAUCACGCCCAUGGGCACCAAGCGCAGCUGUUUGGGCAUUUGCGCGUAUGAUGGUCUAAUCUUUGUUUGUGGUGGCUACGAUGGCGCCUCCUGUCUAAGCAGCAUGGAGCGCUACGAUCCCUUAACAGGCAUUUGGAGCUCUUGCCCUGCCAUGAGCACGCGUCGACGCUAUUGCCGUCUAGCUGUGCUGGAGAAUCAAAUUUAUAGCUUGGGUGGUUUUGAUUCCACCAACUAUCAGUCCAGCGUGGAACGCUUUGAUCCACGCGUCGGACGCUGGCAGCCUGUGCCCAGCAUGACUGCCAGACGCAGCAGCUGUGGUGUUGCCUCCACAGAUGGACAUCUAUACUGCAUAGGCGGCAAUGAUGGCACCAUGUGCAUGUCCAGCGGCGAACGCUUCAAUCUGCGACGCAACUGCUGGGAGCCCAUUGCAGCCAUGCACUCCAGGCGCUCCACGCAUGAGGUUGUGGAUGUGGAGGGCGUGCUCUAUGCGCUGGGCGGCAACGAUGGCAGCUCGUCGCUCAACUCUGUGGAACGCUAUGAUCCGCGCCUGAACAAAUGGAGCGUGGUCAAUGCUAUGGUAGCGCGUCGCAGCUCUGUGGGCGCUGCUGUGCUGGAAUGUUUCCAUCUGGAGCGUGGACUGGUGCAGACGACGAACUUAUGACCUCCACUCAGCAGCAUCAGCGAAUCUUUCGCCGCUGCUACAGCGAGCGCCGCUAGCAGCAGCAGCAGCAGCUCUGCCAACAAUAACAGCAGCAGCAACAGCAACAACAAUGGGACACUGACCGUGCCCAGUCGCGCCGAGGCCGCUGCCUUCACUGCCAACAUAGCGCUCAGCAGCUCGGCGCCCUCGGCCAGCUCCACGCUGCGUCGCCAUCGACGCGAGACGCCGCUGCUGGCUGAAAGUCGACGCUCCAAUAGCAAUGCUAGCAACAGCAGCAGCAGCGCCGGCAGCGGCAGCGAUACGAAGGCGCCAGCGACUGCCUGAUCCUGGUCUAUGUGCGCCAAGCGUCAGCCCUAAAAUACUACUAAACACACAAUUUAUAUACAAAGCUAACCCCACGCGCCUAUGUCAGGAAUUUGAUAGAUUGUUCCAGUUGGUUAUUACAGUUAGUAGUUAUAUACUAACUAUAUUAUAUAUAUAUAUGGAUACAUAUUACGAAAUGUUGAUUGAAUUAAGCAGGCGGCAACUCAUUGCUCAAGCAAACAAACAAACACACUCAGAGUAGCUGUGAGUGCAUGGAUUCAAAUGAAUGAAUCGUAUAAUGAAGUGCACUUGAUUAAAUUAAAUUUUUAUAAAAGCGCAACAGAUCAAAAGUGAAUUAAAAUACAAAUGUGUACAAAUUCAGUUAACGAAUUAAGUGUUAAGCAUUUGCAUUAAUUGAAUCAUUAUUUAACUCAUUUGUAUAUAUUCAAACUCAAGCGAGUUGAAAGUCUAGAAAUAUUUUAAAGUGAAUUUUAAAUGAUUCGAAAUUGAAUCCAAGCACUCACAGCUACCAACGUUACACACACACACAUACACACAGACACAUAAGUAUCUAGUCAAGAUCUCUUACAAAUUUCUACAUUUUGCAUACAAACGGCAAUUGCCAGCCUAUGAUGAAGACGUUGAGCUACCAAGUAAACACUAAAGGAACCUAAUUCUGCCUACAAUUUACAUUAAAUCGUCUA